UAUGAUAUUAUUAAUUCGUUGUCCUAUAUUUUCUACAGAAAAUAAAUAAAUUAACGGUGAGAAGUCAAAUCCUCACAGAAGGUAGAAAAAAAGAAAUUUUCAACAAAUUAAUUACCUCUUCUUCUUUAUUAUUAUUCCCUUCAACAAUAUUAAGCGCGUUUACCAAUUAACCAGCAUUUCUUGGAAACUCAUAUUCCUACGUUUAUUUGUAUAUACAGUGCACGCAUUUCCUUCUCGGUAACUAUUUCUUGCCAUUUUCAUCAACACAUCCCUCCAUUAGCAUACUGGUUUAUUCAUACACAGACAUUAAUUCCUUCUUUUCAUCUCUACAUUCAACAAGAAAAACACUAGUUUGAUUAUGUCGUCUGCGACAAGAUUCAUCAAAUUGAUUUCAAGAUUUUCUUCUCAAUAUCCGGCGUCGAAUAUAUCACAGCUCAGGCAUCAUGGCAUAUCUCAGAACUCCGGUUAUCGGUAUCUUAACAACUACACAAGAAUGCAGAUGUCUAACACACACAAAAGAAAUUUGUCUGUAAAUAGUGGUGGUGGUGUUCAACCAAGUGCUCCAUUACCUCCAUCUUCAUACUGGAAGUGGAUUCUUGGAUUAGUGGUUUCAAUUAUUGUACCGUCUACGAGCAGCACAUGGGGGCCUUUUCUCCAACUCAAAAAUGAUGUCGAUACGGCGGUGGAAACGCUCGAAGGAAUAGUGGAGGUUGUAGAGAAAGCGGCGGAGAUAGUCGACAAGGUGGCGGAGGAGAUCUCCGACGACUUGCCGGAAGGUCGGAAACUGAAGAAAGUGUUGGAGGUGCUGGAGGAUGCGGCUGAAGCUACAGCUCGAGAUGCUCAUACUGUCGGAGAUGCGAUUGACAAGUUUCAAGAAGUGGAAGAGAAGAUCGAAAACAUAAUGGGUAAAAGUAGUGAAGCCAUUGAUGAGAGUCCCAAAGGGGAAUGAGAAAUAAUUAUCAAUAAAGAAUUUCGUCUCAGUUAUGAAGUCAUUGAUUGGUGUACAUACAAAGACUUUCAUUUUGUAGGAUGAAAUCGCUAGCACUUUUUUUUUUUUUUUUUCAUAUUUAUGUUCAUAUAUUCUUUUCAGUUGCAAAAGUAGAUACGUAUGAUAAAGAAAAUGAAAAUAGAGGGGUGUUAUAGACAUUAUAUAAUUAAGCUUGAAAUUUACUAGAGAAAUUCUUUUUUA